CACUAGUACACUGUACCCACCCAAUCAAUGGUGCCGGUGAGGUAGGAAUGCUGUCUUCGUGCUUUGCAUUGUAGGAUGGUGGUAAACGACCGCCACCUCGUGAUGUAUUCCAAUAUAUUGGUUAUCGCAAUUCUGAUGCAAACGACGGCAGCUCUACGCACUAGGUUUUGGAGUCUACAGGGUGUUUCUGGCUCUCUCAUUUGUCGAGGGCGGUUUAUACGCCCCCCGCCGUCCUGUCGGAUACAUAGUCUCUUGACGAGAAGUUGGCCUACUGAUUGGCGCCCGCUGCAUCGGAGGGCUACGUGUUCGGCAAACGCCUCCAGAAGUACUUUCCCAACUUCGUAAGGAUCCUACUGUCCACCUUUAGACAAAGGCGACCAUUAAAAUCUCGAUUCCCGAUACCCGGCAGCAAUCUUGGAACGUUCAAACGCCAUGAAUAGUACGAACUAUGAUACGCCCGCAUUAAUGAUUUC